GCUCCACUCGUCCCCAGUUCAAAAUUUUCAACCAUUCCCCAACGGUCCACAAUUUCAAAAUCACAUUCCCAUCUUCACCGUCCAUUGAAACCUCUUUCCACCGUCCGAUCUGAGAUUCUCUUCCCCUUCGUUUUCCUUCAAAAAAAAGUUCGAAAAAAAUUUCAAAUCUCACUCUUUACUCUCCAGCUUUCCCUCAUCCCAAACACUCCUCAACCUCAAAAUUCAAAUCUCUCUCUCAGACGAUAAACACCUCACUUUCACUUAAAGAAGCCGUUUCCAUUCAAUAUGCCGUUCCUUUCCGAUACGGCGAGCGCAAUCAAGAGCCGUUUCGGCUUCCACGACCGAUCCUCUUCAUUCGAGUCGGUCUCGUUGUUGUCGAUUCGUAGUCCGCUGGAUCUUAUAGUCAAAUCAGCGGUGAGGGAGAACACAGGCCAUUCCACCACCGCCUCGUCGGCAAUUCGGAGCAUCGGUGACUGGGACGAGGAUGCGCCUGAGGCGAAUGAACCAGCACCGCAGUCAUCCCAGAGCUUUGAGUUCCAUCAAGAUCCGUCGUUUUGGAAGGACCACAAUGUGCAGGUUAUCAUCAGGAUUCGUCCCCUUAGUAGUUCCGAAAUCUCGAUACAAGGCUACAGCAAGUGCGUUAGGCAAGAGAGUUGUCAGACAAUUAUUUGGACGGGACACCCGGAGUCCCGUUUUACAUUUGAUCUUGUUGCUGAUGAACAAGUUAGCCAGGAGAAUCUCUUCAAAGUGGCUGGAUUGCCCAUGGUGGACAAUUGCAUGGGAGGCUACAACAGCUGCAUGUUUGCAUAUGGCCAAACUGGAAGUGGGAAGACUCACACAAUGCUUGGAGACAUUGAGGGAGGCACUAGGCGACACAGUGUCAAUUGUGGGAUGACGCCUAGGGUCUUUGAAUAUUUAUUUACAAGAAUACAAAAGGAAAAAGAGGCUCGUAAAGACGAGAAAUUAAGAUUUACUUGUAAAUGUUCAUUUUUGGAAAUAUAUAAUGAACAGAUUCUUGAUCUUUUGGAUCCAUCAUCAACCAAUUUACAGAUAAGAGAAGACAUCAAGAAAGGGGUUUAUGUUGAGAAUCUCAAGGAGAUAGAAGUUACAAGUGCACGUGAUGUGAUUCAACAGCUCAUACAAGGCGCUGCAAAUAGAAAGGUGGCUGCCACUAACAUGAAUCGAGCGAGCAGUCGUUCCCACAGUGUAUUUACAUGCAUAAUUGAAAGUAAGUGGGAAUCUCAGGGUGUAACUCACCACCGUUUUGCUCGGCUUAAUCUUGUUGAUUUAGCAGGCUCUGAAAGACAGAAGAGUUCUGGGGCUGAAGGUGAACGCCUCAAGGAGGCCACUAAUAUCAACAAAUCUCUUUCAACAUUGGGACUUGUGAUUAUGAACCUUGUAAAUAUUUCCAAUGGGAAGUCACUCCAUGUUCCUUAUCGAGAUUCAAAACUCACUUUUUUGCUUCAGGAUUCUCUAGGAGGGAAUGCAAAAACAAUCAUAAUUGCAAAUAUCAGUCCAUCCAAUUGCUGUUCACUCGAGACGCUAAGCACAUUGAAGUUUGCACAGCGGGCUAAAUUUAUUAAGAACAAUGCAGUUGUAAAUGAAGAUGCUUCUGGAGAUGUUGUUGCUAUGAGGCUGCAAAUUCAACAGCUGAAGAAAGAAGUAUCGCGUCUACAAGGUUUUGUUAAUGGCAGGGGUGAAAAUCUGGAUGACACAUUGGCAUUAAGCUUUCCAGCAUCACCAGGGUCUUUUAAGUGGGAAGGUCUUCAUGGAUCACUCAGUCCGCUUCCAUCUGAUAAAAGGAUAUCCCAGAAGAGAGACUAUGAAGUUGCUCUUGUAGGGGCCUUCAAGAGGGAAAGGGAGAAAGAAACAGCUUUACAGGCACUGACCGCUGAAAAUCAGGCUGCUAUGCAGUUGGCAAAACAAAGAGAAGAUGAGAUUCAAAGCUUGAAAAUGAGGCUACGGUUUCGAGAAGCAGGAAUUAAGAGGCUAGAGGCAGUUGCUUCUGGAAAGAUUUCUGCUGAGACACACUUAUUAAAAGAGAAGGAGGAAUAUUUGAAGGAAAUUGAGGUUUUACGAGCUCAAGUGGAUCGCAACCAAGAAGUUACAAGAUUUGCCAUGGAGAAUUUGCGAUUAAAGGAAGAGAUUAGAAGAUUAAAGUCCACUUGUGAGGAAGGUCAACAGGAGAUGAUGAAUGAACAGCUUAAGGUGUUACAGAAUAAGUUGCUAGAGGCACUUGAUUGGAAACUUAUGCAUGAAGCAGAUUCCUUCAUAAUUGAGAAAAUGAACUCUAAAGGGGUGCUAGGAGGUACUGAUGAUAGCAAUGAACUGAUCUCUAGUCAUGAGCCAGAUUCAGCAUGGUGCUCUUCGCUUAAGGAGGAAAAUGAGUUCCUUAGAAUGCAGGCGGAAAUGGCUGCACUCCAGAAAAAACUUGGCUUUUGCCUUGAAGAGAAAGAAGAGUUGGAAAGGUAUGUGAAUGAUCUACUUAAGAAACUUGAAGAAGAAAGAUCUUCAAGACCAGUGAAAGAAGUACAGCGAACAAAGCUUCAUUCAUUGUCGGAGGAUGUGCCAAUGAUCAAUCUUAACGAUCAAAUAGAACUUAAAACAAUGGUUGAUGCCAUUGCUGCUGCAAGUGAGAGAGAAGCAGAAGCUCAUGAGAGGGCAUUUAAGUUGUCUCAAGAGAAUGAUGAACUAAGAAUUAAGCUCAAGGGCUACGUUGAGGAUAACAAACAACUCCUUGAAUUAUAUGAACAGAAGGCUGCCGAAAGCGGUUAUAGAAGUUUGAAUGAAGCUGACACUUCUCAUGAAAAUGACACUGUGGAUCAAACUGAUGCUGGUUUAGAUGAACAUAGUGAAGAAAAAGAGCUUAAGUUGAAGAAGGUUGUUGAUAACCUUGAACAACAGCUUAUGGAAAUGCAUGAAGAAAAUGAAAAAUUAAUGGGUUUGUAUGAAAGAGCCAUGCAGGAGAGAGAUGAAUUAAAAAGAAUGUUUUCUCCUGGAAAUCUGGACAGAAGGAAAGAUAGAGAAUUUGAAUGCCCAGAGAAGCUAGUUGAAGUCGAUGGAGGGGAAAACAGCUUGGACAAAGCUCAUCUCGAGUUUGGGGCAAAGGAUUUGGAGGGGAAAGCUGGUCUCCUCGGAUCAAAUAGGCAGGAUGCAGGUGACAAUCUAAAGUUGAAUACACUUGGUCCUAUUGAAGUGAUUUCCAAUGUGGAGGUGCGUGCAGAUCUUCAAUCAGAAGUAGGGAAUCAGAUUGACGAUACUACGACUUCUUACAUGGAAAUAGACCAACUAGAUACCAAAACUGCAAAGAUGUCAGAAGGUUUAAAUUCUGCCAGAGCAAUACUGGAACAGGCACAGGAAAAACUUUCAGAUUCUGCCAGGACCGUUACUGAAUUUGGUUCCCUUGAGAAAGCGUUUUGUGAGAUUGAUAAGCUUUCCAGAGAAAUUGAAGUAACGGUAGGUGGAAUAAAGGAAAAGCAGCAACACCUUGAAUCUGUUGCACUCCUUUCUUCAGAAGCAAAAGAAAGAAAAGCUCUAACUUAUAAUAAGUUAUUAGCACUCAAAUACUCUCUGUCAAGCUUUUCUUCUUCAGUUGCUUACUUUGAACAGCGAGAAGCUCGAGCGAGGACAAGGUUAAAUGCUUCUUUGUCAUACUUGGACAAAAAGAAAGAGGAAUUGGCUCAUCUUAAGAAGUCCAAGGGUGAAAUUGAGGCUUCCUUGGGUAACAUACGGGAAUCUGAAGCUGAAGCAAGGAGCAACCUUGUCCUCUUGAAAUCAAAACUUGAGGAAGAAAGUAAAAGACACGAGAAUGAAAAUGUUUUAUUUGCCAUUGAUAACUUGGAUAAAGCAGACUCAUCGCAAAGAAAUUUGUGUUUUGCUGGUAAAGCUACCGAGUUACUGAAGAACGAGGAAGAGAAAAGCAAGCUGCAAAAUGAGAUUAAGCUGUCACGGGAAAAUCUGGCAGCCAUGAAAAUAAGACUCCAGGAUUUGAAUAAGAAGCUUAUGAAGGUAGAGAAAGAUAUGGAGGCUGUCCUGGUGGAAGUACAUAAAGGAUCACAGUCAGUGGAGGAGUUGAACCUUGCGCUACAAGGUGUAAUCCAAGAGAUGGAAACUCUUGUCAAGAUUGGAGAGAAUGGGAAGACCGAAAUCGAAAUUUUGAUCCUCGAAUAUCAGCAGCAGGUGUUUGAUAUGGAUCUGACAGAAGCCGAGAUGAAGAUUGUAGAUGAAGAAUUGCAGCUUGACUCAAAGAGACUAGAACAGUUGCAAACACUCAGAGCUACAACUGCCGAAAAGGUAAAGCAAUUGGGUCAUUCGGGUUUCUUGUCUGAAAAGAUGGAAGAAGAUUUACAAAGCGUUUGUACAACUCUUGAGGAGGCAAAGAUAUUGUUAGGAGUGGUUCAUUCAAAUGACAGGUAAACCUUGUUUUUAACUUUCUUGACGUUUGCCACAUUAAUUCAUAAUUCAAUCCUUUCUCGCAUGCAUGCACUUCUCUUGUAAUUAACAAUUUCUUCUCAUUAAUGUUCUAGUUUUCAGUUAGCUUUGUUCUAUUAGCUUUCAGUGAUCACAGACAGUCUUAAGAAAUUAUAAAUAUUAGAAUUUUAUUCAAUGUCCAAAAACAUCAAGGUAUCCAAAGCUAAAAUGCCCAUGUUUGGCCUUACCAACAAGAGACAAAACUCGCUUUG